AUGGCCAGCUUAUUUCAGAGCCCCAAGGUUCUGGAAUACGACGUCUUGGCAAUCCAGGAACCCUGGCGCAACCCAUUCAUCGCCACAUCCUACCACCCUCUCAAAACACAUUUCCAGCUGAUGUACUCCCCCGAUGCGGGAACAAGGGUCUGCUUCUAUGUCAACAAACGGGUCGACCCGAGUACUUGGAGCGCCACCUUUAUCUCCAAGGACAUCAUCUCUCUCAAAGUGUCCGACCCUAGCUCCAACCAAGACCUCCACAUCUUCAACGUCUACAACGAAGUGACCACCGACACGCUCCCGACACUAGCAGAAGCGAUCCAUGCGCUCAACUCAGACAGAAUUGGUCCUUGGCGAUUUCAACCUACACCAUCCACUCUGGUCAGGAGACCAUCGUCGCACGCGUAG